CAGCCGCAGCCCUGCCGCAAGCGCGUGACACGUAAAUUUAUAAAAACGUGUGAGUUUGCAGCGAAUGAAUUCAAACGUUCUUUAGUCGUCGCAUUCAACGCAAGUUCCAGAACGGACAGUGUCGUCUCUUUCUCCAUCAUGUUAUCUACAAAAGUGCUACUGGCUAUUCUGUUUGUUGUGAUGGCCAGUCAGGCGCAUCCAGUGUCUCGCCCGUCUCCUGGAUUCUCUUAUUUCAGCCGGAGCAACAAGUUGCUCUACAAUCACGAAAUGGUGCCGACAACGCCCAAGUCAGCCUACCGUUCGGCCAUCGGAGCAUCGGGUAAGAUCUAUAAUGAAGCAAUCACUAACAAGCCCAAAACAGGACCGUACGGAAUGACGUUUUUCAAACGCAAAUCGGCCGGCGGACGCAACAAAACGGAGAUCGUCGACACGUUAGCGAAGAAGGCCGAUUUAGUGGAGGUGAAGAAAGCCAAUCAUUACGAAAAGAAAAUCGAUAAAUACUUUAGACAAUCAUCGGCUCUGGCUGGAAAUAAAACUGAAGUUCCAGCCGACGAUGUCGCCGUAAAGAAAUCAAUCGUGAAGGUAUCGGCCAACGCGACGGAGGCUGCGGCCGUUAAAUUGCCGUUAGAAUUGGCUGAAGUGAAGGCAUCCGAGAAAUCGGAGGAAGAAUCUCCCGACCAUGAGAAAUCGGAAGAAGAAGAAUCUUCCGACAAAGCGAAAAGCGAAGGCAAAUCGUCGGAAGAAUCUUCGGAAGAAUCGUCAGAAGGAUCGGGAUCCUCGUCGGAAGAAUCUUCGGAAGAAUCAUCGGAAGAGUCUUCCGAAGAAUCAUCCGGUGAAUCCUCUUUAGAAGAAGAAGAAGAGUCGGAAGGUGAUGGACCGAAAUCAUCGGGACGGACACCCAAUGGAACCGUCGACUCGGCCGACGUGUUCCCCGAAAUGCAGCGCCUCCACAAGAAGUACGGCAUCACGACGAAGGGAACCCAACUGCUAUUCAUUUCUGGAUUGCAUCCGUCGCAGCAAACCAAUAACAAGACGCUGUCUGCAACGACGCCCGAAGCCAAGAAAACGGAUAAAGCCGUCCGUGAAAAAUCGAUCGCUUCAACCGCGGAGAACGAUCGUCAAACGUCGACGACCGAAUCGAGCGAGAAGAAAAGCCAAGCCGUUCCGGCGGUGGUGGUGGAUGCGACACGGCGCGUUGAUUGGUCACCCGAGCUGAAAGUGAAAGACGAACAGAUUGAGGAGGUGCCAAUCAAACCGAAAGUUCGCGGUCAGCAUCUGUUCUUCUCGGCGAUGAACCGAGGCAGACCAGCGACGACCAGCAGUGUGGCAACGUCGCAAGCGCGUGUUUACAGCUCGGCUCAAGCGCCGAACGCGACCGGGAGGGCUUCCUCGCAGCCGAGGCAAAGAACGCCGAUCGGCCUGACACCUGGCGGGACACAUCAAGCGAAUUGGGACGAUGAUUUCUUCCCAUCCAUAUCGAAACCUGUCAAUAACAAUGCGUUGCGAUUUUUCCGCUCAACCGCAUCGGCUUCGAGGGCCCGCACUUUAGCGAGAACUGGUUGAAAACAGACAAGGUCGACUUUCACCCCACCCCCCGUCCAGCGGCAUCCAGCAGCACCUACCAUUUCAUCAUAUCUAGGACAAAUUUUUAUUAUUCUUCAAUUUGCAUGUGGCUAUUUUUAUUAUUUGUAUUGGCAUCGUAUUUAUUGAUACUUCUGCUGGAUUAUUUUAUUGGAAAAUAAUGUCCAGCACCCUGGAGUAUAUAUCGUAAUUGAGUUUUUUUAAUUUUUUUUCAAAGGACGUGUGCACAGAAUGUGAACGUUCGUCGAUGUCACAAUGUCAUUGCUUUGUAUAUUUUUGGGUAAAUUAAUUCUAAAUGCGAUUUGAUAUCAAAAAUAGUUCGCCAUUAACACCCCGCCCCCCAACCAUCCCUUGCUUCAUUCUAUUUUUUUGUUUGUUUGUAAGGAAACAAUAAACGGAUUUUUACAGUA